AUGUUGCCUGCGCAAUCUUUCCUCGUCUCGCUCUUUGGAGGCCUCGCAAGCGCUGCAAACCUGUAUGCAACGCAUUACAGUGGAACGGUCAAUUAUUUGACGUUCGAUGGCAGCUCGCUAUCGCUAACGACUUCGACGAGGACGGGUAACACGCUGCCCAGCUGGAUAACGUACGAUGGGCCAGGCAAGGCUCUCUACAUUCCGGAUGAGAACUUCUAUGGACAAGCGGGAACGCUCGUCUCGUUCUCCAUAGGCGCCAAUGGUGCCCUAACCGCGACCGGGAAAGCGACGACGCCCCAGGGAGUGGUGGCGACGUGUCUGUACGGUGGUGCGGAUGGGAAGGGCUUCAUCGCGAAUGCCCACUACCAAUCGUCUCAACUGACGACAUUCAAGCUGCCCUUGGACAACGGCCAGCCGCUCCAGACGCUGAAGUAUACCAUGAACGGAAAAGGCCCUAAUCCCGCCCGUCAGGAUGCGCCACACCCGCACCAUGCGUUCACCGAUCCGACCGGAGACUUCUUGCUGGUUCCUGAUCUUGGUGCUGAUAUGAUUCGCAUCUACUCGAUCGAGAAGACGUCCGGCAAGCUCACCGAAUGCCCUGCUGCACAGCCUCCCCCGGGUACCGGUCCGCGACACGGUACAUUCUGGUCCCCGGCUACGGCGAGCUCUCGGAUCCGGCGCGCGGCGGAGGGAACUAUGCUCUUCAUCGCGAACGAGCUGGGAAAUUCGGUGUCGGCAUGGAGCGUGACGUAUCCAUCUGGAUCGGGAUGCCUGAGCCUGGCCCUUAAGCAAAGUCUGACGCCAUAUCAGGGCAAUGCUUCUGCUCCUGCCGGCACCAAGGUCGGCGAGAUACACGUCAAGGACAACUUCCUGUAUUCGACGAACCGCAACGACAAGAAGUUCAGCCCCAAUGACUCCAUCACGCAGUAUACAAUCUCUUCCGCCGGCUCCCUCACUUGGACCGAGACGACCUCCUCAUACGGUACGUAUCCGCGGACCUUUGAUAUCAACAAGGCGGGCGACUACAUCGCGAUCGGCGACCAGACUACGGCCAACGUGGCCAUCGUGAAGAGGGACCCGGCGACUGGCAAGCUGACAGGGCAGGCUGCGAAUCUGCGGAUCAGCACGGUAGGGACGCCCGAGAACGAGGACGGCGUGAGCGCGGUCGUGUGGGCCGACUACAAAGACUCACCCAGACUCGACGCCCUACGACUCCUCGCAUUCGCGGAUCAACUUCACAAUCAGCUCCACGACAGCAACCCAACAAUCAUCGAAAUGAAGACUGACAACUAUCUGACUCUCUGCCUCGAGCAGGCUGCCAACUCUCCUCUUCGCUAUCGUCAUGGAUGUAUCAUUGUUCGCGGCGGUAAGGUCAUCGGCCAAGGCUACAAUGACUGCCGCUCCGGCUUCAACGGUGGCGCCUUGAAGACGGGCCGCCUCUCUGCUCGCUCUGUCGAUGCCCCUGCCGUUGCCGAUCUGAAGAAGAAGCAUAAGUUAAAGCGAGAGUUAAAGGUUCCAGAGGAGGAUACAGCCAAGACGUUCACCCCAUUCGAGAACAUGAACGGCGGCGGCAAGCAUGCCAACGUUCCGCUCUCGAUGCACUCGGAGAUGAUGGCGAUCCACUCAGCCCUCUCCGCCUCCAGCACCCUGGCCUCCAGUGCCGUGUCUUCUCAAAAACCGUGCUUCAAACUAUCAGGUAGUUCUAAACGAAAAGCUCGACUACAACGCGAGGGCAUCAAAGCCUACGUCGAGACGGUCUGCAAGGCUGCGCUCGCCCAUGGCGUUUUGAAGGCUGUGCAUCUCAACCGGCCCAAACUGGAUCUCGCGUUUCAACCUCAGGAGGACGAGGAGUAUGCGCCUUCAUCCACGGAGAGCAGUCCAGAGAAACACCGUUCCAAGAAUCAGAAGUAUCAGUACCACAGCAACAACGGCAAUCAGUACCACGGCCCCAAGUACAACGGCAAAAAGUACAAUGGUCAACAACACAAGCGCCGACAGUAUGCGCAUAAGCUGUCGGCGCCGGAGACGAUCGUGGCGCCUUGCCAUUCCAACAUGAGUCCUGAUUCGUCGAGCAGCGAGAACGCACCGGUUCCUCCAGCCAAGACGCAGCCCAUGCUGAUACCGAAAGGACAAACAGGUCAGAAGUCCCGCAGCGUCGCAGAGCGAAUGAAGCAUCCACGACUCAACGGCGCGGAUCUGUAUGUCGCUCGGCUCGGUUACAGGUCCACGUCUGCCUCGGAUAACGCACACUCCUGCUGCGGAGCUGAUAUUCCGGACAUAGCGCCCAUUGAGCCAAAGCCGUUGACUGGCUCUUUGCAUGAUGAGCUCGUCAAUCCUCAUCCGCCUCCAUCAUCAGCAGCCACUCUAGCAACCGUUGCCAAAGAGAGGCCACCCACGGCCCUGGCAUCACGGCCCUGUUAUCGCUGCAUUUCAUACAUGAACUCGGUCGGCAUCAAGCGAGUAUUCUGGACUACCGAUGCUGGCAAUUGGGAGGGCGCCAAGGUGCGAGACUUGGUGGAUGCGCUGGACAAUCUGGGGCUCGGGGACAGCGCCGACGCCGCCACUACUCUAAACAGCGUCUUCGUCACCAAGCACGAGGUUCUGAUGCUACGGCGCACGUUGGGGGAUGGCUAG